UCAAACUUGUUAAGCACAUAUUAUUGUACUUAAAAUAUUGCAAAAUGUUUCCUUCGGAUUUUUAAUUACACAAAUUGCAUUUGUUAUUUGUCUUUAAUAAUUACUAAAGUGAUCUAUGAAAAUAAAAUAUUCCGAAAUGGGAGAAGCUAUUAGCAACAUCUGCUGCUUUCAUAGUAAUGGAUUUCAUAAUGCAAACAAAUACGUGCUUCAUUAGUGACACCUAGCGGCAAAAUUAAUAAACUCGGCUGUUACGUCACUUCCGCAAAUUCAUGCUAUGAUUCUUUUAAUUCCGUACAUCUAAAGAGUGAGCAAAUUUGGAAUUAAUUACUUUCUAAUAUACAAAUACAUGUACUAAAUAGCGUGUGGAAAUAAACUUCGGUUUAGAUUUUUAAAUGAAUAAUUUUGAGGCUCUUAUCUUGGAUUUUCGUGUAAGUGAGUUACGUGAACUUUUGCAAAUUUUAGGUCUGAAGAAGUCAGGUUUAAAGAAUGUUCUUCAAAAAAGAAUACUUUCGUAUUUAAGGAAACCAUGUCCGUUAACUCAGCAGAAAGAACUGGAGCAAAAAAUCCAAGAAUUGUAUUAUCAAAGCAAAUUGCCGCCGGAUAUAUUACGGGCUAAGAAAACGAAUCCAGAAUGUUCUUCUGUACCUCCUGCUAUGACAACCCCCGACCCAAUUAUUACUGCUAUCGCUACAGUGGAUAUCAACUCAGUCUUUUUCAAAACUGUUGAAUAUAUUUUAUUACCUCAAGCUAUCGAUCUGAGGAAUGGAAGUAAAACUUUUGAAUUCUGCUUCACAGAAGAUCAAGUGGCUCUACUCUCAGAAGAAAAUGAAGAGAACAAUUUUUAUGAGGUUAUGCUGAAAGUUUGCUGCAUUCAGAAUGACGAAGAAUGGCCUGCUUUUGUUUUACAUGCUGUAAUGAAUAAUUCUGCGAUUGAGGUUCCUGAACCUAGCCCUCAUAUUAUUUAUUUAACAAGAUAUUGUUGUAAAGAUUGCAGAACUCAAAAUAUACUUACACUAUCAUCUCCAUUACCGAUGUCUCUCAGUUCGUACAUCUUUAGUGUGUCUCUUGUGAAAAGAACAUUAGUGAAUCAGCUAAUGGACCAAUGUCCUCCAAAGUCCAGUAAUCUUACACGAAAGUUAGUUUCAGAUUAUUUUGCAAAAAAUAAAAUUGUAAAAAGGUUGGAGCUUCAUUUGGCAUGCCCCGUUAAAAUGAAAAUAAUGGAAUAUCCAACUAGAGGUUCGGAAUGUAAGCAUGUAGAUGUUUUUGACCUUCAAAGUUUUUUAGAAGAAAUGCAAUUUUACUUUAAAUGGAAGUGCCCGUUCUGCCAAAAGUUACUUACUUAUGAAUCGCUUGUAGUGGAUAUGUAUUUACAAAAGUAUGCUCAAAAUAAUAAAUCACUGCUUGUAUUUCAUAAACGCAGAAAAAUCUUACCAAAUGACAGUGAAGUUGUGUGUGUAGAAGAAUUAAUUGAGUUGGAGGACUGAGCACAGUAAAAUUAUGCAGAAAGUGGAGGUCAUUCAGUGGAUCAAUUAAACAGAGACAAUGAAUUAUGUAUGAAGCUGAAGUCUUUUAUUUGGAUUGAUUGAACGAUUAUUUAAAACUGAAUUUUGUUUAUGAUCUUGCGUAUUUUUAAAAUAUGUAGAGUAACGUUAAAUUUAGACGAAAAUACAUUCUGUAUUUUAAAUGGUAUUCUUAUAUUUUUGUAAUUUACCUUUCAAUGUAAAAUUAUAUGUGCUUAAAAUAUUUUGUUAUCUAAAUCUUCUUUUACAAUUUCAUACGCCUUCUCAAUUGCUUGCAAAGAAGAAAAUAUUUUAAUUCGUGACGGUGAUCCAUUUAUUUUAUAUCAGUAUGCAAUUUUUAAAAUAUCAGUGAGUUAUAUGGAAAUAUAAAAAAGUUCGUGCUUUUCGAAAUUAUUUCCAUUAUUUGUAUUUUUAAAACUAUUCGUAACUGGUAUGCAACGAAAUAAGCUUUACUAGUGUGAAUUAGUGUUUACUAGUAUUUAAGUGAAGUCCUACAGUUUCAUUUUUCAGUUUCUUGAAAGGUAUACUGUGUGCUUUAAAAAUACCUGUUUCCGUAUGAUUUGAAAUUUUCUUAUUUGUAAUAUAGCCAUCUCAAAACUAUACUUCUGUAAAUUACUUCAAAAAUCAAGAAAUGCAAAACUUUCCCAUCUUGAAUUUUAUUUCUUAUACAGGGUGAUUCUAAACUGAUUUUACGAAUUAAGAGGGGUGAUAGUACUCAUCCAGAUGAGCAAUAAUUACCAUAGAACAUAGGGCUGCAUUCCACUCUGAGAGGCAGAAAAAAGGAAUAUUAUAAUUCCAACCUGAACUCAAACAGUGUUGGGAAGGAGUAUGAAGGAGACCAAAAGUUGCACUUUCAGUUUAGUGAAAAACUCACAGAGAGUGCUCGAAAAGGAUAAAACCGAAAACUUGGCGUUCGAGUGUUAAUUCGAGCUCAGACUUUCACGGUAAAUACGCAAAUGCACAUUUUGGGAUGGCAAAGUCUCAACCUCGCAACUCCAAUUUCUGCUGUAUGCCGAGAUUAGCAUGAAAAAUUCAUACUGUGUUACGGCUGUCAGAACUUCAUAUCCCAUAUAAGUAGAAUCAGCGCAGCACAUUAAGUCCAGGAGGACAGGAUAGAAGAUGGCGAAGGGGAAAAAACUGCUACCUUGAAUACCAAGGUAGUAGUUUUUCCCCCUGAUAGAUAAUUUCCUCUUAAGUUUUUCACUAAACAGAUUGUGUAACUUUUGGUCUUGUUCAAUCGCUCUCCCAACAAACACUCUUGUAGUUUCAGGUUGAAAUUCUAAUAUUUCUCUUUUCGGCCUCUCAGAGUGGAAUGCAACCCUAUGUUCUAUGGUGAUUAUUGCUCAUCUGGAUGACUACUAUCACCCCUCUUAAUUUUUAAAAACAAUUUAGAAUCCCCUGUAUAGCAUGCAUAUGAAUGAUAGUUAAUAUAAUACGAGUUAUGUAAGAAACUUCAGGCAUUUUAUAAUUUGUGUUGUACCAUUUACUAUACUUUUUAUCAUUUAUUAUUAUUUUUUUAAACUCUGAUCUGUAUGAGAAACAUACCUGAAAAUUAGAUGUGAACUUUUAAAAACUAUAAUUUAAUUUUGCAUGUUUACUACUAAAAUGAAAAAUAAAUGCUCUAAACCGAUACUCUCAGUGACUUCUUGAUCAAAACUUCAGAAUUUGACCUACACUUGACAUCUCUGAAUCUGCAUUCUUUGAUUUGCACUUGAAAUUUUUCAUCGCUAAAACAAUUUCUUUAUAUAACGUUUUUGACUGGAGUUUCAUUUGAUUAAUUAUUUGUGGAAAAGCUCAAAUGAUCUAACAAUAAAUUUUCACUAUUUUAAUAUU